AUGACUGAUAUCUUUUUUGGAACGACUACAACUCUCAACAGGUUUUCGUUCCUACGAGCUAACGAUGACUUUAUUUCCAAAACUAUUCGAGAUCCGCUUUCACCUUCACGUUUAGUAUUUUACAAACAGGAUGGCAAAAAUGGGGUUCAUCCGUAUAUGAUUCAAAAAAACGGCAGAUAUGGCUUGCUCAACUUGCAAUUGAACACGCUUCCAUCACAAUUGGUUCAAAUUUUUCAUGACUGGAGUGUGAAGAAUUCGAAGAAAGCGGUCGAUCUGAGGGACGAUGUUACAAUGGUCUUUCUGGGUCUCGAUGAAGACGGGUUAGACGAAAGAUUCCUUUUCAAUGAUAAUUCUUUGACUAGCUCUUUCAUAUACCCGAAUUCUUGUGAACUGAAAGAAUACCCUCAGUUUAAGUACGAUAAAUAUCAGGGGACUCCAUACUAUGCAGUUGAUGUCACACACAGUCAAGAGCUCCAAGCUUAUCUCUCAUCGUUUGACGACGUUAACAUAGUGAGCAACAUGAUGAGUAUUCUUACCGUGUCCAAAAAUGAGUCCUCCUUGUUUGCGUACUCCAAAAUGUAUGUUGAUUGGCUUAUGAGAAACAAGUUCUGUCCAGGCUGUGGGCAGCGAGUGAUUCCAGUGGAUGCUGGAACAAGACUUUUAUGUCAAACUCCCAAAGAUGAAUGUCCUGUGAAAAGCUCUGCUGUGAGUAAUGUCUGCUUCCCCCGUACAGAUCCAGUCAUUAUCGUGGGCGCUGUCUCCUCCGACGGCAAAAAAAUCCUUUUGGGGAAUAGCCGAAGACAUCCCGCAGGUCCAAACGGUAAGAGAAUGUUCUCGUGUAUUGCUGGGUUUAUGGAACCAGGGGAAACCAUAGAGGAGUCCACACUCAGAGAAAUCUGGGAAGAGACUGGAUGCUCCGCACAGGAAGUCAAGAUAGCUGCAAGUCAACCUUGGCCGUUCCCUGCAAAUCUGAUGAUUGGCUGCUUUGGGGUUGUUCACUUCAAUGGAGUUCAUGAGAUUAUUAAUACGGAGUUGGAUAAUGAACUGGCUGAAUGUAGAUGGUUUGAUGCUGACGAUAUCAAAACCCUUUUGAGUGGGGGAGAACUUGAAGAUAUUUCUCUUCCAAUGGAAGGAAGUAUCGCAUACGAACUUAUUAAGAGCCUUGCUCUCGGUAAAUACUAG